AUUUAUACUCAAUCCCCUUGUAGUCUGUUACUUCUCUCUCUCUCUCUCUCUCUCUCUCUCUCUCUCAGACCGCCAUUGAUCUCCGCCGCUCUGCUUACACUUAGAUCGGAGGGAGCUUCGAGAGAAGAGUGUCUCAUCGAUUUUCGAGUCAACGUUUGCACGAUAACACAUGGGGAGACAUUCUUGCUGUUACAAGCAGAAGCUAAGGAAGGGCCUCUGGUCUCCUGAUGAAGACGAGAAGCUUCUCAGUCACAUCACCAAACACGGCCAUGGAUGCUGGAGCUCUGUUCCUAAACUCGCCGGUUUGCAGAGAUGCGGUAAAAGCUGCAGGCUUCGGUGGAUAAACUACUUGAGGCCUGAUUUGAAGAGGGGAGCGUUUUCCCCAGAUGAAGAGAAUCUGAUCAUCGAACUCCACUCCAUUCUCGGAAACAGGUGGUCUCAGAUUGCGGCGAGGCUUCCGGGAAGAACCGACAACGAGAUAAAGAAUCUGUGGAACUCAUGCAUCAAGAAGAGGCUGAGGGAAAGAGGCAUUGAUCCCAACACACACAAACCUCUCUCAGAGGCUGGAAACAAUGGCGAUGAAGACAAGAAAACAAGAACAGCAACCAUGAACAAGAGCAAGCCGUCUUUUGUCUGUAAUGAACUCAAGCUCGUAAACCCAUCUCAAAGCUCUUCUUCUGCGACCAAUCAAGAAUUCUACGUUGAGAGAACAUCAGAUAUGGCGGAAUAUUUCGCUUUUCAGAAGCUUAAUUUCAGCUCCAACCUCGGCCUCACUGUUACCACCGACGCUUCUCUCUCUUCCAUGCUCUCUUCGCAGUUCAACACAGCUUUUCAGACGCCGAUAUGCAUGAAGCAAUCGGUUAAUCUUCCGACAGAGAACAGUUCCAGUGCCUCAGGAGGAAACCAUCAUGUCAAAGUGGCGCCAACUUGGGAAGUAAUCUCAAGCCUCAACAAUGGUGGUGAAUUGCAGACUAACAGUUCUUCGAGUUUCUUCGACAAUGGUGGAUUCUCAUGGGCACUCGCGGAUUCAUCUACACUCGUCAAAGCAAAUAACAGUUCCUUUGAAAACACCAAGUGGUCUGAGUACGGACUCGACACACCAUUCUUCGCUGGGAGCAAUGUACAGAACCAAAGCUCUCAGCCCAUUUACGUUGGUUCAAUGGUGAAACCAGAAACUGAUUACUUAACCAACAACGAUUCGAACUCAUCGAUCGAUCUUUGGAGCCAAAGCCAACAUGAUUUUCACGAAACCGUGCCAUUUGGUCAGACCCUUUAGCUUGAUUUUAACAGUACUCUCUCUCUAUAUAUAUAUAGAGAGAGAGAGAGCAUGAAGGACACUAUAUACAAACAAUGAAGCAAGUCUUCUGUUGGGCAUGUAGAAGAAGAAGAAGAAGAAGAAGAAGAAGAAGACUAGCAGUGUUAUUCUGCAUAUUCUUCUUCAUUGUGUAAAUUGAUGAACAUAAGCUUGUUAUCUUAUGGAAUGAAAUUAACACCAUUGGUUAGCUUUCCACGAAUGCAUGGUGAUCCAAGUAAUUUCGACACCAUGAGUGUCAGACAUGUAAUCAGUUAAAGGACAAGAGAGAUAAAUUUUAAUUAGUUGUCUUGUAGUUGAAUUCA